AUGGCGGCGGCCUCUCUGCAGCCGUAUCAGCGCCGCCCACCCGGCGCGCCCCGCGCGCUGUGCAUCCGCCCGCCGCCGGCCGGUGCGAGGCCGACGGGCGGCGGCGGCGGCGGCGGCGGGUGUGGCCGCGGGCCACAGGGGGAGCGCUGCGGCGGCGGAGGCGGAGCGCCGCCCCGCGGGUGCGCGCCUCCUCGUUGCGGCGGCGGCGGAGGUGGGGGAGCGGAGCUGAAGGCGGAGGGGCGCCCUCCCCUGUCCCCUCCCCUGUCCGUGCCUCCCCUGUCGGAGCCUCCUGAAGGGUAG